GUUCUUAUUUCUUAAGACUUGUGAGAGGUUAGAACGUAACCAUGGUUAGAUUUGGUGAAGAGGAAAGGGUUUGACCAGCUCCCCCUCCACCUCCUGGUCCUCCUCUGAGGAGCCCUCCGUGAGCAAAUGCGAAUUCCUUCUGUCAGUGGGGUUGGAUUCUUUAUUUUCAUUUUUUAAAUUUAUUUUUGGUGGGUGUGGACUUCCUUCUGCUGCAGCACUCUCGCUGUCCAAGACCUAUACUCUUUCUUCUUCGUCUUCAUCAUCAUCAUCAUCAUCAUCAUCAUCUCUCUUUCUCUCUCUUAUUGAAAUGAAGCAGAACUAGAGACCAGAAUAGCUGUAUUUUCUUACUAGGUUCUUAGUUCUUUUACCGAUCCACCUCUGUUGUGCUUUCCUGUUUGCAGUUUGAUUUUGAUGGACUGGAGAUACAAUAGUGACCAAAAUAGAAAUUGUGGAGCUUUCUGGUGGAACACGGGAUCAAAUUUCUGGAGCUGGGCAGGACGAAGAAGUGAGCUACUAUUUUUUGUCAUCGAUACCAUGGGAGGGCUUUGUUCGAGAAGAUCAACUGUUGAUAAUGCCUCCAGUGGAAGUUUCCCAAAUGUCAAUGGUCAUGGUGAUCAUAAGUCUGGUGUUUAUCAAUCUCCUGGAUUGUCAUCAAAUAUGGGUACUGAUUUGACUCCCCCUCCGGGGAGGGAAAACAUGGAUAAGCAAUUAAGGGAACCUUUUUCAUUUCCUGACAUGAAGACUGCAUAUGGAAGCAAUGAAGAAGUAUAUGAUGGGAUUCCACGCUUCUCUAGAACUUUGUCACAUAAAUCUAUAUCAACAAAAUCUAAGCAGAUGGCAGUCACAAAGGUUUCAGAGGUGAGCUCACUUUUGGGUAGAGCUGGUACUGCUGGGCUUGGGAAGGCAGUGGAGGUCUUGGACACACUUGGAAGUAGCAUGACAAAUUUGAAUAAUAGUGGAUUUGUGUCUGGGGUGACAACAAAAGGCAACAAAAUUUCAAUUUUAGCAUUUGAGGUUGCAAACACAAUUGUUAAGGGAGCCAAUCUUAUGCAGUCCCUUUCAGAGGAAAAUAUAAAGCAUCUGAAAGAAGUGGUACUUCCUUCAGAAGGUGUGCAACAUUUAGUAUCAAAAGACAUGGAUCAACUACUGAGGAUUGCUGCUGCUGACAAGAGGGAAGAGUUAAAGGUUUUCUCUGGAGAAGUUGUCCGUUUUGGAAAUCGCUGUAAAGAUCCUCAAUGGCACAAUCUAGAUCGUUACUUUGAGAAGCUGGGAACAGAACUUAUCCCUCAAAGACAAUUGAAAAAAGAAGCACCAGGAGUGGUGCAGCAGUUAAUGACCUUGGUUCAAUACACAGCUGAAUUAUACCAUGAGUUACAUGCCUUGGACAGAUUUCAACAAGAUUAUAGACGUAAGCUUCAGGAAGAAGAUAAUUCAAGUAUUGCUCAAAGAGGAGACAGCCUAGCUAUCUUAAGAACAGAAUUGAAAAGCCAAAAGAAGCAUGUAAGAAGUUUAAAGAAAAAAUCACUCUGGUCCAAGAUUUUAGAAGAGGUGAUGGAGAAACUUGUUGAUAUUGUUCACCUCUUACAUCUUGAGAUUCAUGAAGCCUUUGGUAGUGCGGAUGGUGAUAAACCAGUAAAGGGAUCCAAUAAUAACCAGCGAUUGGGGUCUGCUGGUCUUGCAUUGCAUUAUGCAAACAUUAUAACUCAAAUUGAUACUCUUGUAUCCCGAUCAAGUUCUGUGCCUCCAAAUACGAGGGAUUCAUUAUACCAGGGACUGCCACCUAGUAUAAAGUCAGCUUUGCGAUCCAAGUUAUUGUCAUUUCAGCUCAAAGAAGAGCUGACUGUUCCACAAAUAAAAGCUGAGAUGGAGAAAACUUUACAGUGGCUUGUUCCGAUUGCUACUAAUACAACCAAAGCCCAUCAUGGUUUUGGAUGGGUUGGUGAAUGGGCAAAUACAGGGUCUGAGGUGAACAGGAAGCCUACUGGUCAGUCUGACUUGUUAAGGAUAGAGACACUCCAUCAUGCAGAUAAAGAGAAGACGGAUGCCUACAUACUUGAAUUAGUAGUGUGGCUUAACCAUCUCAUCAGCCAAUCAAGGUCUGGCAUCAAUGGUGGCCUUAGGUCUCCCAUUAAAUCCCCAAUUCGUUCACCUACACAGAAGACAGUUCUAUCCAUGCACAAGCCCAGUUCCCCAUCAUCCAUGCUAACUGUUGAAGACCAGGAGAUGCUGCGGGAUGUCAAUAAAAGGAAACUGACCCCCGGGAUAAGCAAAAGUCAGGAAUUUGACAGGGUAAAAACCAGGCUGAGGCACAAUAAGCUGACCAAGAGCAACAGCCACUCACCAACAAGUGGAAAUAAAACGGAAUUCGUCCCUGUCAGGAGGCCGUCUGUUGCUGUUCCUGUUAUUGAUUUCGACAUAGACAGAAUUAAAGCCUUGGAUGUCAUUGAUAGAGUUGACACACUUAAAAGUUUAUAAUAGCCGCUGAUACACGUGGAUCAGCAGGGUCUACCUGCUGAGUAAUGUCUGAGUCCUUCAAUGCCAUAGGUAUGGAGUGUAAGAUAAUUAGGAAAUCAUGGUUUAUUAAAAUCAAUCACUUUGUAUGUGAUGAUAAGAGUUGAAUCAUGGGUGAGUUGUGUUGUAGAAGGGGUGUUGAUUGCUAUUAUCGUCCCAAAAUGGAAUGAGUUGCAAAUGGUUGGCUCAAUCAUCAGAGACUUUAUGUACAGAAUAUGUGAUCUUCCUAAUAAUUCAAGUCCAUUUUGUUUGUUCUUUAUACUGUAAA